UCCAUGCCAUACAACAAAUCUCACCGCAUCAAAAAAAACAUCUCUUAUGCUAAAACUCCCUCCCCAUUUCUUCCCCACUCCUCCUCUCUCAAUCUCCCCAACCUCAGCCUUUACUGCAAUCUACCCUGUUCAUUGUAGCUUGCAGCCAUGUCUUGCUCCAAUCUGACAAUGUUGGUGUCGUCAAAACCUUCCCUUUCCAACUCCUCUCUGCUCUCAUUCGGCUCCUCUCUCAACCCGUUGCAGCUCCCGGCGCAGAGCUCCGCGCCGUCUAGAUCGCCGUCGGUGGGCCCAAUCCGGUGCGACCUGCGCGAGCUCCGCGAUCGGAUUGCGUCGGUGAAGAACACCGGGAAGAUCACGGAGGCCAUGAAGCUGGUGGCGGCGGCGAAGGUGAGGAGAGCCCAGGAGGCCGUGGUGAACGGGCGCCCCUUCUCGGAGACGCUCGUGGAGGUCCUCUACAACAUCAACGAGCAGCUCCAGACGGACGACGCGGAGGUGCCGCUCACGAAGGUCCGCCCCGUCAAGAAAGUCGCGCUCGUGGUCGUCACGGGCGACCGUGGCCUCUGCGGCGCGUUUAAUAGUAAUAUCCUCAAGAAAGCCGAGGCGAGAAUCGCGGAACUGAAAUCCCUCGGCGUGGAUUACACCGUGAUUAGCGUGGGCAAAAAGGGGAAUACCUAUUUCAUCCGCCGACCCCACAUUCCCGUCGAUAGAUUCCUCGACGGCAGCUCUCUCCCCACCGCAAAAGACGCGCAGGCAAUCGCCGAUGACGUCUUCUCGCUCUUCGUAAGCGAAGAGGUCGACAAAGUCGAGCUUUUAUACACAAAGUUCGUGUCUUUAGUCAAAUCCGAGCCAGUAAUUCACACCCUAGUCCCUCUUUCCCCCAAGGGAGAGAUCUGCGACAUAAACGGCAACUGUGUCGACGCCGCAGAGGACGAAUUCUUCCGCCUGACGACCAAAGAAGGGAAAUUGACGGUGGAGAGAGACGUGAGAAGAACCGAAACCCCAGAUUUCUCAUCAAUCUUGGAGUUCGAGCAGGACCCAGUUCAGAUUCUGGACGCCCUGUUGCCUCUCUACUUGAACAGUCAAAUUCUGAGAGCUUUGCAGGAAUCGCUGGCCAGCGAGCUGGCUUCCAGGAUGAGUGCGAUGAGCAGUGCCACAGACAACGCUAACGAAUUGAGGAAGAAUCUGUCUAUAGAUUACAACAGACAGCGUCAGGCGAAGAUUACCGGAGAAAUCUUGGAGAUUGUUGCUGGAGCCAAUGCCUUGUCUUAAGCAUAAAGCAUGCAUGCAUAUAUAUAUAUAUAUAUAAAUAUCCUCCUUGUUUUUCUUCCCCCCUAGCUGCAUUAUAUAUGCUUAUAUAUAGGUGUGUUUAUGGGAGAUUCAUGCUUCGUUUUGAUGCUCUUGUUCAAGAACUGUGAUUCAGAUCAGAUCAGAGUAGAUAAUUUCUUCUGCAUUUCAUACAAACUUUGAUUUUUGCUAGAUGUAUUAUUGAAUGAUAUGAUAUAUAAGGCCAGACCACUCAUCUGAUCUUUAUAUGUCCACAUCUUUUACCUUGUAUUUGUAAUAAAACAUGUAAUAAUGAAAGUCAAGUCCCCAAGAUUCACCUCCA